AUGCCGUGGUGGUCCCGACUCGCAAGUCCCAUAUACAAAAACACCGGCUCCGUGGCGCGCGACCACCUCGCCUCCGAGCGCACCUACCUCGCCUGGACCCGGACCGGCCUCGGCUUCGUCGCGCUCGGCAUGGGCGUCGAGCGCUUCUCCCGCUUCGAGGCCGUCGCGCUCCGCGGCGAGCCCGAGCCCGCGGACAAGAAGAGCGAGGAGGAGACCGGCUCGCGGCUGCUCGUGGGGACGCUCCUGACGCUCGGCACGGGAUGCAUGGUGUACGCCACCAGGAGAUACUUUUCGGUCAUGCGGUCCCUGGAAGGGGGCGAGUUCCGCCCGGCGUACCAGGGCGUCGCGGCGAUGGGCGCGUUGCUGGGUGCGCUGGGCGGCGGCGUGUCGACGAGGAUGACGGGGCCGUGGCUUGAAAGCAAGGAUGCCACCAAGGAGUGA